GGUGUGCGUUUUAGCCCGCCAGUUUUGACUCGUGUGUCGGAUAGCGCGCCAAAAAUACAAAAUUAAUUUAUAGUGUUUUAAUAAUAAAUCGCUUCACAGUUUCGGUUUGUAUGGUGUUCGUAAGCGCAUGUUUCUCUUAGACAAAUUUAGUGAUCGUAAAUCUUGCCUAUUUUUUUAAUUUUAACUAAUAUUUCUUUUACUGUGAAAUAAUUAAGUGUACAGUGGGUUCCUAGCAACAUUUAAGGCGCUUCUUUUUAAUCACUGGCUCAAUAGAAGAACACACUUGUUUAUUAUGAUCACGGGCCGAGCAUAGCAAAUCGAGAUGACCCUAUCGUCAUCACGCAUCCGUUUUUUAGCCGCUUUUCUAUUAUGCACGUUGUGUGUAGUAGACGGGUUCAAUGUAGAUGUCAAGAACUGCAUGAGGUAUCAAGGGCCCAGAGGGUCUAUGUUCGGGUUCAGCGUAGCCGAACACAAGGAAAGAGGACGUUCAUGGUUACUAAUAGGAGCUCCGGAGGCGCAAACCAAUCAGCCCGGAGUUCAGAACGGCGGCGCUGUUUACAAGUGUAACAUCGCAGAGGAAACGGACUGCAAGCAAAUACCAUUCGACACUACCGGACCUAAUAGAUUGAGCAAUUCGAAAAUAAUCGAUCAGAAAUCAAAUCAAUGGUUUGGAGCCACUGUGAGCAGUUCUGGGGAAAAUGGAGUAGUUUUGGCAUGUGCACCAAGGUAUGUGUACUAUUCGAGUUCCGGAGCCAGGAAAGAUCCCGUAGGAACGUGUUAUACAACCAAAGACUUCAAUAAAUUCAAUGAAUAUUCACCUUGUAGGACAAGGAAUUGGGGUCAGCACAAACAGGGUUCUUGUCAAGCUGGUCUCGGGGCAUCCGUUUCUAAGGAUGGUCAACGCUUAUUCAUUGGUGCCGUGGGCAGCUGGUUCUGGCAAGGACAAUUAUACUCAGUCGACUCGAAUGCUCGGCUGCCGUUUACACCAACAAUAGAGAUGUUUGUAUUCAACGAUCUUGGCCAAGGUCAAAUUUAUGUUCAAAACGUGUACAGUCGUCCUGAUGUCAUUUUUUCAAACGAAGGUCCACCGACUGACGAUGAUUCGUAUCUCGGCUACUCAGUUGCAACAGGAAACUUUGGAUUUAACUCUGAAUCCGGUACUGCAGUUGGUGUUCCUAGAGGAGCCGGCCUCUUGGGAAAAGUUGUUCUAUAUAAUACAAACCUAACCAAUCUCUAUAACAUCACUGGCGAUCAGAUGGGUUCUUACUUUGGUUACUCUAUUUGUGUAUCCGACGUAGAUGGUGAUGGUGGUGAUGACAUUAUUGUUGGAGCUCCACUGUACAGUGAAUAUAUGAAAAACGACGGGUCCUAUGAAACUGGCCGAGUGUACGUGUACUUAAAGCGUGAGGGUUACAGAUUCUAUGAAAGAAAUACCAGAAUGGGUAUUAACUCAAAAUCACGUUUUGGAUUGGCUCUUACAACGUUAGGAGACAUCAAUAGAGAUGGCUACGGUGAUUUUGCUGUCGGGGCUCCAUAUGAUGGUCUCAAUGAACUUGGUGCAGUAUAUAUUUACCAUGGAACUAGAAAUGGUGUUCGAGAAAAGUAUUCGCAAGUGAUCAAAUCUGAAGACGUAUAUUACGGACGAACUGUGUCUACAUUCGGGUUUUCUUUAGCCGGUGGUAUGGACUUGGAUAACAAUGAGUAUCCCGACUUGAUAAUCGGUGCUUAUGAAUCAGAUACAGUAUUCUAUAUGAAAUCACGACCAGUAGUUCAAAUGUCCAAUACGAUCGAAUUUCAAUCUCCCUCAAAACAAAUUUCAUUGGAAGAUAGAGGUUGUUUGACUAAAGAUGGAAGUUCGGUACCUUGCCUUUACUUAAAAUCUUGUUUAAAGUACACUGGAUUAGGAGUAGAUGAACAAUUGAACAUCGAAUAUCAAAUUAUUUUGGAUUCAAAAAAAUCAAAAGCACCAAGAAUGUUUGUGAAUGGCGAAGAAAGCAUUUUUAUGUACAAUCGUAGUUUGACUUUGAAUAAAAACACGAUUGAAUGCCCUAAAGUUUUAGUAUUCUUAAAGAAUAAUAUAAGAGAUAAGCUAACACCAUUAGAAGCUGAAUUGAGAUAUAGAAUUAUUGAAGAUACUAGAAAGUUCACUACAACCCUACCGCCAGUUUUAGAUCUCGAAAAUGAGCUUUACGCUGUUUCUAGAGAUUCUAUUAUGAUACAAAAGAAUUGUGGAGAUGAUAAUAUUUGUAUACCUGAUCUUCGUUUAAUAGCUAAAUCUAACGUGGAGACCUUUUUACUUGGGUCUACUGAGAAAAUAAAAAUUGAUGUGAUAGUUCAAAAUGAAGGCGAAGAUUCGUUUGAGACUACGUAUCAUAUGACCAUACCUCAAGGUAUAAAUUACGUUAAGGUAGAAAGGAUGAGUGACAAUGACAAUGAUAUACCUGUUCAAUGUUCAGCCCCGUCAGUUUCGACAAAUCAUACGUUGUUGUGCGAUAUCGGAAAUCCACUACCACGAUCGAGAUAUGUCCAAUUUAGAGUUAUUUUGGAACCGUAUCAGACAGCUGAGGGUAAAGCCAGGUAUGAUUUCUUCAUUGCUGUUAACAGUACUAAUCCAGAAAAUUCCAUAUCUAUGUCUGACAACGCAAUCCAUUUGGGCGUGCCCCUUUGGGUAGAGACUGAUUUGAUAAUUGAAGGAACUUCAAAACCUGAAGAUGUUCAUUACAAUACUACAUCAGAAGAUGUUAUAGACAUAAAAGAAGAAAAACAAAUUGGACCACAAGUAGUCCACUUAUACGGAAUUCGGAACAAAGGACCUUCAGAUAUACUAGAAGCUGAGGCUUAUAUUGAUUGGCCAUUAUAUACAUUAAAUGGUGAACCAUUGUUGUAUCUUUUGGAAAUGCCAGAAACAAUAGGCCCAGUAAAAUGUCAAGCCAUGGAACCAAUUAAUCCGUUAAAAAUUAGUGUCGAUCGUAUGAGAAAAUCUUACUUUGAAUCAAGUGGUUUAAUAUCUAGUGGAGCACCUGGUACUACUACUUACACAGGUCAAAGUUCUAGUUCAAGUUCAAGCACAGUUUUCGGUUCAAGUUCAAAUUCUAUUUCGAGCUCAGACUCCAUUAUAGUAAAAUCAUUUUCAGAAUUAACCGAAGAAGAAAGGAAACGUUUGGUUGAGUUACAAAAAAAAGACGAAGAAGCAGCAGAAGCUGAAAAUGGCGAAGGAUCUUAUGUACAAAACACUAGGUUCCAUAAUUUAGAAUCACAAGGUGGUGUAACGCAUGUUGAAGGUCAAAAGAUUAGUGGAAGUUCUACAGUUAAUGUAAAUCGAGGUUCUAGUUUUAAUGCGGGUAGCCCGACCCUUGAUUUUGGCCGAAAUUCACACGAAUCUAGUGGUGCUUCUGUUAAUACACAAACCUUACAACAAAGCGGUUUUAGUUCGCAACCUGGUGCAUCACAGAGUAGUAGCAGCGAAGUAUCGCGUUUUUCAUCCAGUGGCAAAGUAAACGGUAAUUCACAAGUAUAUGGGGCUUAUGGAGAGGCACAUUUUGAUGAAUCAUCGGGAUCUUUGGCGUCUGGAUCUUCAUCAUCUCGCUUUGAAUCAGGAACACAAUUACAUGGCUCGUUAGGUGGUUAUAAUCAAGGACUGACUGACAGCAAGACUUGGGAAACAUCAAGGUCAAGCUUAAAUUCAGCUAAUAUAGGAUCGAAUCGGGCAAGUGCAAACCAAAAUAGUUACAAUAAAGAGGUGUCAGCUGGUAAAAAUUGGGAGGCUUCUUCUAGCGCUUCUCAAGGUAAUUGGAACGAAGGCAGUCGCUGGGGAGUAGGUGGUAGAAAUAAUUAUUCGAGCUUCCAGGAAACAGAGAAAAGUCAUAUUAUUAACACCACAUGGGACAGUGCUUCAUUACCGUCAAGGACUUACAUAAAAGAUCAAUGGAGAACUAAUAAUGAUGGUCACAUAAGAAAUGGCAGUUUAGUUCGUGUUGAGAAUGGAGUCUUAGAUUAUAACGAUGCUUUAAGAAAGAUUAAUAAUGGUAACAGUUUUUCCAACGUAGUUACUAGCAUACCAGGAGAUGACAGCGAUUUAUCGUUGACUUUAAGUGGCGUUAAUGAACAUCAAAACAGUGGAUUUAAACAAUCAAAAAUAGACGAAAGUGAGACUGUUCAAAGGUAUAGAACCGUUGAUGGCAAACUGUAUAAAGUAAAUAACGUAGAUGAUUGGCAUUCGUUGACAUCAAAAGACACAUCGACUCAAGUGUACGAAGCCCAAAAUUAUUAUCCACAAAAUUAUAGAAAACCAACAAAUAAUAAUGGACAAGAUGUAGAAGGAAAAUUUAAAUUGUAUACAAAGUUCAAAAGAAAUGUAGAAAAAGCAAAGAAAUGUGGACCAACUAAAUGUGUGACGGUCAAAUGUACUAUUGGCCCAUUAUCGAAAGAUCAAGAGGUUUGGUUAUCGUUUAGAUCUAGAGCUUGGAUUAGUACCUUAAAAAAAGUAGCGCCUAAUAGACAAGUAAAAUUGAGUUCAAAGAUAUCAUCACAAGUCACUAAACUUCCAUACAUAGGGAAACCAGAUAAUAAAUUAGCCCAGGUUAGAAGCCAUGAAGUGUUCACUAAUGUCAUUCCGAUUGAUCUCGGUGGCAAACCAGAAAUUAUCCCAUUGUGGAUUGUUGUUUUAGCAGCCGUUGUUGGAACUGCAAUAUUGUUGUUAUUAGUGUUCCUGCUUUAUAAGUGUGGUUUCUUUAAACGAAAUCGACCAUCAAAUGCUCCAGAAAAACAACCACUUACUCAUAGAAAUGGACAAUCUGAACUUUACCAAACUGGUGAUGAAGCUCUAUAAAUUAUUUAAUUAUACUCAACAUUAAUUCAAUUCAAAUCGAAUUAUUAAUUGCCAUAUUAAACCACCUAACUAUUAUUAAUUUGUUAUAAUUUAUUUGUAAAUAUUUAAAAUUAUUAUUUAUAAUAUGGUUUAUCUUAUAUGUAUAUAAUAAGUAUGUUUGUUUUCGUUUCAUUGAAAAAUUGUAAAUUAUAGUUUUAAUGUAUAUUAAAUUAUAAAAAAAAAAAUUAACUGUACUUAGAAAAAAAAUUGUUUUAUAGACAAAUGAUUAAUAAAUUGUUUUAAAUUUAACGCUCUAGUCUAAAAGUAAGUAUUAAUGCUAUGAGAAUUUACAGUUUUAAUUAACAUUCAGAUAAAAUAUUAGUACUUAAUCUUGAAGAUAUGAAAUUAGAAUGCUUAUGACAUUUAAAGUAUUUUUAACAUUUCAAUAACGACUGAUAAUUAUUGUUUUUAUAUAUAUAUAUAUAUAUAAAUAAAAUAAAAUAAACAAAUGUAAAUAAAAAUAAUAUAUUACAGUA